AUGCAUUUAGGAUUACCUCAACCCUUACUCAUCAUCACAGAUUUCACACUGGACACGGACCUGGUAAAUAUGGAGAAUGUGCUAAAGCUUUUAGCCAGUCUUCAGAUUCCAAUGAAUAUAAAAAAAAAUCAUACAGCAAAGAAAAUUUUCGAAUGUAGAGAAGGAGACAGUGCCUUUCCAAUGUUCGGUAGUCUUGCACAAGAUCACAGAAUUCUUACUGGAGAAAAGCAUUAUGAGCAUAGAGAAUGUGGAAAAGCCUUUAGGUGCUCCUCAAGCUUUACUUGUCAUCAGAGAGUUCAUACUGCAGGAAACCCUCAUAAAUGUAUACAAUAUGACAAAACAUUUACACAGUCUUCAAACCUUAAUUACCACCAAAUAAUUCAUACUGGAGAGAAGCCUUAUACAUGUACACAUUGUGGGAAAGAAUUUAAACACUCCUCAAGCCUUACUCGACAUCAGAAAAUGCAUAUUGGAGAGAAGCCUUAUCAAUGUAAACAAUGUGACAAAACAUUUAGGCACCUGAUAACACUUAUUAAUCAUCAGAAAAUUCAUAUUGGAGAGAAGCCCUAUGAAUGUACACAAUGUGGCAAAGCCUUUAGCCAGACUGCAUGCCUGACUCAACAUCAGAAAAUUCAUACUGGAGAGAAGCCCUAUACAUGUACACAAUGUAAGAAAACCUUUAGACAACAGGGAACACUUACUCACCAUCAGAGGAUUCAUACUGGGGAGAAGCCCUAUGAAUGUACACAAUGUGACAAAGCCUUCAGACACCUGAAUACACUUACCAAUCAUCAGAAAAUUCAUACUGGAGAGAAGCCCUAUGAAUGUACACAAUGUGGCAAAACCUUUAGACACCAGAAUGCACACCUGACUCAACAUCAGAAAAUUCAUUCUGGAGAGAAGCCCUAUGAAUGUACACAAUGUGGCAAAGCCUUUAGACACCUGAAUACACUUACCAAUCAUCAGAAAAUUCAUACUGGAGAGAAGCCUUAUGAAUGUACACAAUGUGGGAAAGCCUUUAGGCAGCAGACUACAUUUACUCAACAUCAGAAAAUUCAUACUGGAGAGAAGCCCUAUAAAUGUACACAAUGUGGCAAAGCCUUUAGACACCAGGGGACACUUACUCAACAUCAGAAAAUUCAUUCUGGAGAGAAGCCUUAUGAAUGUACACAAUGUGGCAAAACCUUUAGCCGGACUGCACACCUGACUCAACAUCAGAGAAUUCAUACUGGAGAGAAGCCCUAUGAAUGUACACAGUGUGGGAAAGCCUUUAGACUCCAGGGAACACUUACUCAACAUCUGAAAAUCCAUACUGGAGAGAAACCCUAUGAAUGUACACAAUGUGGGAAAGCCUUUAGACACCAGGGAACACUUACUCAACAUCAGAAAAUUCAUUCUGGAGAGAAGCCUUAUGAAUGUACUCAAUGUGGCAAAACCUUUAGCCAGACUGCACACCUGACUCAACAUCAGAAAAUUCAUACUGGAGAGAAGCCCUAUGAAUGUACACAAUGUGGCAAAACCUUUAGCCGAACUGCACACCUGACUCAACAUCAGAAAAUUCAUACUGGAGAGAAGUCCUAUGAAUGUACACAAUGUGGGAAAGCCUUUAGAUACCAGGGGACACUUACUCAACAUCAGAAAAUUCAUUCUGGAGAUAAGCUUUAUGAAUGUACUCAAUGUGGCAAAGCAUUUACACGCUCCUCAACACUUAUUCUACAUCAAAGAGGUCAUUCCCAUGAAAAGGUUUAUGUAUGUAAAAUAUGUGGUAAAGCCUUUCACCAGUCCUGUAACCUUUCUAGGCAUCAGAAACUUCAUAUAGGAGAGAAGCCCUGA